AUUUAAUCUUCCCAAUAUUUUUUUAGAGCCAGAGAAAAACUACUGAAGUUUUAUUUGAAGUCAUAUCAGCAUCCAGGUGUGGAUGAUGAACCAAUCAGCUAUCAUCCUCAGUAUGACCUCCCUGCUGCUGCUGCUGGCAUAUGGCACAGCUAAGAUGGACAUCAUCACCAGUAAACAAGACGUACCGGUGGGACAUGAGAUCUUACUUUUGUGUAAAGCUGGAGGAGAGGGAGAUAUAACUUGGCAGAAAGAUCAUGAAGACGUUGAUGAAGAAUACGUUUUAAAGGUGGAUGAGACCUCUUCUAAGUUAACCAUUAAAAAGGCCACGCUGCAGGACACGGGCAGGUACACCUGUCUCUGUGAUUUUGAAAGUGGACACAGCGAUGAAAUUGAGAAAUCAAUCUACGUUUAUGAGGGCCCAUCGUUUGGAAGCACCAGCACCUAUCAUGAGUUCCUGAAGGGCACGGAUGGUGUGGUGCCGUGUUUAGGGACAGGACAGCCAGUCGUGGACGUUCUUUGGUUUAGAGACAAUCAAGAAAUCCCGACCACUGGUGGACGUGUGAGUAGGCUGCCUGACAACACGCUGCAAAUUGAAGAAGUUCAGAGAGACGAUGCAGGGACUUACACGUGUCAGGCCCAGAUCAGAGGAAGGCCCAUCUACCAGAGACUCCGCGUCUCUGUUGUCGUCAAUGUUCAACCUACAGCGCAGCUGAAAGAGGAGGUGAAAAAAGUGAUGGCUGGACCAGAAACCAACAUUACCUUUCUGUGUUUGGUGGAUGGCCAUCCCAAACCCAACAUCACCUGGACCAUGCCGACACCGUUUGACUCCUCACAUCACCAGUUUAACUCGGACCAAAGUGAGCUGACUGUUAGCUCUGUAGCCAAGGAGGACUAUGGAGAGUACAUCUGCACUGCAAAAAACAAGAUCGCUGAGAGCAUUGCCGUCAUUAUGCUUCAUGUUUUUGAGGCCCCAGAGGUGUGUGUGUCAGAUGAGUUGCAGAGAGUCUCAGUGGGUGAGCCUGUGUCUGUGUCCUGUAAUGUAUCUGGACACCCUCAGCCUGAGCUGCACUGGCUCAACAAGCAGAACGGACAAACACUGGACUCUACUUCAGGUCGUGUCCGUGUUGUGGAUGGAGAGUUGAUAAUUGAUGAGAUGGUGCCCUCUGAUGGUGGCCUUUAUUCCUGCAUGGCUGUUGGCACAUCUGGAAAUGCAUCAAGAGACAUUGCAAUUACCACUCAGCCCGGUCCUCCUCACUACCUGUCAGUCGCACCUGGACCAACCUCAGUCUUCCUCUUCCUCAAAACCCCACCCAUCAGUGGAGGAGCACCCAUCACAAGUUACGUCCUGCAGUGGAGGAGAAGUGCAGAAGAGAAGUGGGAGGAGAUGGUCACAGUCCCAGCUUUAGAUCCUCUGGCUAUCACCUCCCUCAAGCCUUACACGUUAUACUCGGUGCGUCUUGCUGCCAUGAAUGCAGUGGGAGUGGGACAGUUCUCAGACACAAACAUUGUUCGCACACAUGGAAUACAGGGUGAACCAGACAGUCCGGUUUUGUCCACUGAUGCAAUGAAAGUAGAGGGAAACUCAUUCUCUGUUCCUCUAAAACAGAAUGAUGAUGGAGGAACUCCUCUGCAGCACUUCAGCAUUCGAUACAAACAAGUUAAAGAGGGGUCUGAGUGGAAAGACAUGCAACUGUCCUCCGAUGCUGAGUCUGUCUCCCUUCGAGACCUGUCUUUCAGCUCAAACUAUCAUCUGGAAGUUAUCGCAAUCAAUGCAAAUGGUUCCUCUAUCCCUACAACAUUUAACUUCACCAUCGGACCACAGCCAGUGAGCAGCAUGACCAAAGGCAGCGUUGUGGCCAUCAUCAUACUGAUCUUCCUGGUGUUGUUCCUGAUAGUAGACGCCUCCUGCUGCUACAUAAACCGCUGUGGCCUGCUCAUGUCUAUCGCUGUGAAAGUGUUUGGACAGAAAGUGCCGGGCCUACGAAUGCUGGAAGACGGAGAUGGAAACACUAAUGGAGAAGUGAAGCUCAAGGGUAUUUCUACUCCCAGAGGCAGUCUACAACCAACAGGGGUUCCGACAAUCACCAAGGAUGGUGGGCAGCUCACAGAGGUCACCUGCGACAAAGCUCCCCUCACCAAACAUGAAAAAUCCCAACCUCGCAAAGACCUGCCCACUGCUGAUUCAUGAAGCCGAAAACAACAAGCAUCAUAUAAGAAGUGUGAGCCAACACAUGAAUAACAAGAGAAUAUGUAUAAAGAUCACACAGUCUUCUCAGGCGACUCAGAAAAGACUCAGACAUUUGAAACAUCACUGACUGAUGUUGUUCAGGUUACAUCCGCCCUGUUUUGAUGGAGUGAGAGGACGACUGGCCUGCAUUCAGAGUCUUACGACAGCAUGUCCUCUGAAUGACGCUACAGACAGGAAAUCAUUUUGUAGUCCUAGUUGUUGCUUUUUCUGCUCUUCUUUAAAUCACUACAGUAUCGCAUUGUACAGGGUAAUGUUGACAUCUGUGUUCUACAGGGUAAAAUCAUUGUGUUUUAAGAUUAUUUUUUCUAAUUGUUUAUAUUUCUUAACAAAUGUUUACCUUUUGUGCAUUUUGAAUGUUGUAAA